GGAGUAGGUCGAUGCCGGCGAGAGCGCAUGUCCUGGUGGCAGGUGGCCGUCCUAUUCACAGUUCUCUCUCUGCUACACAGUCCUGCACGUCGACCUCCGAGAUAAGAAAAUGAUAGGACAGGGUUGGACAACACUAUGGGUGUGUCUCCUUGUCGCGAGCAGAAGUUUCGUCAGCACGGCGCCUCCAAAAGAAUCUGGAAGUAAAAAUGGUGCCGACGAGGAAGUGAAAGAGCUUGAGCAUCUGAAAAACGGUGAAAAUACGAUGUCUGUAAUGAAAACUCAUUCUCUGGUUUACACGAACAUCGACGGUAAGAAGGAAAGGCACGAAGACAGAAAAGCGGAAGUGGAAAAGAACGGUGAGCUGGUGGCUAAAAUGGAACAGGAACUGGACAAGACGCCGCUGAGCGAAGAACCCCAUGUUAAGACGAUGUUGGACAUCCCGUCCAAAAACAUCCACAGGGUGUUUGAACAGGGAUCCAAGCAGUCACCGAUGGACAACGGGGUCCCGCCCUACGAGGCUAACAUCGGGCAUUCCUACUCGCCUUCCGAAAUGGCCGAGUACAUUUUUUGGACCGGCGACGAACGAGCACCGACGAAAGUGAUCGAGGACUUCCUGGCCGACGGACUGAUGACGAGAGACGAGGCGAUCAAAUUCCUCGAAGAAGUAAGAAGAAAUUUGGAAGCUUUGAAGUUGGCGUACCCGGAUAACUUCGACCAAAGGGAUAGGCAACUUGAAAUGUUUGAUAACAGGCAACAAUUGCGAGAUUCGAUGACAAAGAAGGCCGACUAUCAGGAUCAGCAAAUUCCAAUGGGAGAAGAAGACUACGAAGAGAUUAUGGAGCGCAUGAGGUUGACGGAUUUGAUGUAUAACGAAUUUUCCUUAGAAGAGAUUGUCUACCAACUGGCAAAGAUCAUGUUCCGUCAAGCGUUGACCAGGGGAAGCGAAGAGACCAAGGAAGCACUGCAGGAGUUCACGGAUUUCUUGGAUAGAGAAACGAAAGAAGGGAAAAUCUCAAACAGCAUGCAGAAGAAAGUCCUCGAUAUUGUCAUUACAUCCCUCUCAGACACACUGACACGCCACCCUGAGUUUGUUAACGUGGCAAAGGAAAGUCUCCGACUUACGCCUCCGCAGCAUCUUAACCAAGGGAUCUCUGAAGGGCAGAAUGGCAUCCCGUUGAACUUCCCGUCAGACAGCUUUCCAUUGAAGAAUGCAGUCCGCAACGUCGGGAAUCAGUUGGAAAAGAAAUCAGAUUAAUCAUUUAUCGUUCUACCGACUCCAAAUUUUAUUUACAGUCCACGGUGCCCUCCCAGUUCUGUCGGAUGUAACAUUUUCUCUCCUGCCCAGUACUCUGGAUAGACUGUCAUGUACUCUUGUAUCUUAAACCAAUAUACAUAAUCCUUUAAGUUAA